AAGAAAUGGCGCCAGACAGGGGGGUCGAAGAGGCGAUUGCAUCGCUCGAUCUCGGAGCUCAACAUGGCGAGCUCGUUACUGAGACGAAACCGGCUACAGAGACAGUUCCAUCCCACUUGUCGCAUGAUCCUGCCACGAAUGCGAAGCAGUCAGACCCUUUUCAGUUCGGGCAACGAUUUUUGUCGGAAGACGAUGAUGUCUUUGCCUACAAUGCAUGGGAUCACGUAGAGCCCGAUUCGGCACACUACGAGUACUGCGAGACCCAAUAUGCUGCGCAACGCGCUUCUCCCGUCUCGGACUUUGACAGGGCACGCUUCAACGAAAACCCAGAGAAAUGGUGGGACCUAUUUUACAAGCAAAAGACAAGUACAUUUUUUAAGGACCGAAAAUGGCUGGUUCAAGAAUUUCCUGUUCUAAGCGAGGUUACGAGUCGAGACGCCGGUGAGAAAGUGGUUCUCGAAGUCGGCGCGGGAGCUGGAAACACCGCGUUUCCAAUACUGAGAAUGAAUGAGAAUCCAGACUUGAAAGUAAUUGCAGUGGACUUCAGCAAGAAGGCGGUUGAGACAAUGAGAAACGCGAAGGAUUACACAGAGGCGAAUGGUGUUAUGGCAGCUGAAAUUUGGGAUGUGGCAGGAGAAACCCUACCACCAGGUGUUGACGAAGGGAGCGUGGACAUUGUGAUCAUGAUCUUCAUCUUCUCGGCACUCAAUCCCAAGCAGUGGCAGCAGGCUCUGGCCAAUAUUCAGCGAGUCCUCAAACCUGAUGGGGAAGUAUUGUUCAGAGACUACGGCAGGGGAGAUCUCGCACAAGUCCGCUUCAAGGCUGGGAGAUGGAUGGAAGACAAUUUCUAUGUUCGUGGAGACGGUACAAGGGUAUAUUUCUUCGAGAAGGAAGAAUUGGAAACGCUCUGGGGUGGUGCAUUCGAGGUAUGCAAUCUGGAUGUGGACCGCCGGCUGAUCGUCAACCGACAACGGCGCAUCAAGAUGUACCGGUGCUGGAUUCAGGGACGGUUUCGAAAGAAGGAGCGUAGUUGAGAGAACGGCAUUCUCGGCGGCCGGGACUGGUCUGGACUGUCGAUCUCGUAGGCGCUGCGAGGGGUCUAGGGCACAUAUUAAGGCUGCUUCAUCGUUCGACCAAUCCAGAAUAUGAAUGGGAAGCGUGGCUGGCGGAUUGAAGUGGAAAAGGCAGCCAGAGAAGCACAACGUCGCGCUGGCUCCAAACAGCGAGCCACAUGCUCAAGAAUGAAAAGCAUAGAUCCGACCCAAAUUCAGCCAGUGUACAUUCAGAACUGCAGCGGAUGGGAGAGGACAACCACCAAUUGGACAGGACGAUGCA